AUGGCUCAGCAGCAAGCACUGAGAUUUCGUGGCCCAGCUCCCCCACCAAACGCAGUCAUGAGAGGCCCACCGCCUCUCAUGCGACCACCUCCACCUUUUGGUAUGAUGCGAGGUCCUCCACCACCACCUCGCCCCCCUUUUGGACGUCCUCCAUUUGAUCCAAACAUGCCUCCGAUGCCACCUCCAGGAGGGAUUCCUCCACCAAUGGGACCUCCACAUUUACAGAGACCACCAUUUAUGCCUCCUCCCAUGGGUAGCAUGCCACCACCUCCUGGUAUGAUGUUCCCCCCAAACCCACCUGUCACUGCCCCUGGAACACCAGCAAUGCCCCCAGCUGAAGAGAUAUGGGUAGAAAACAAAACUCCAGACGGCAAGGUCUAUUUCUAUAAUGCGCGUACACGUGAGUCAGCGUGGACUAAACCAGAUGGGGUCAAAGUUAUUCAGCAAUCGGAGUUGACACCGAUGCUGGCUGCACAAGCGCAGGCCCAGGCGCAAGCCCAGGCCCAGGCACAAGCAGUAGGUGCCUCCACACCGACCACCAGUAGUCCUGCAUCUGCAGCAUCUCCAUCCACGUCCUCGAGUACUCAGUCCUCCACAACCUCUACCACAACCACAGCCACUUCAGUUUCACAGACGAUUUCCACACCUACCACACAAGACCAGACCCCGAGUUCGGGUGUUUCAGUUGCCACACCAUCAGUCAGUGUUUCAACCUCUGCUCCUUCUGCUACACCUGUGCAGACUGUACCCCAGCCAGUCCCACAGACAUUGCCUCCUGCAGUUCCUCAUGCAGUACCUCAACCAACUGCAGCAAUUCCUGCUUUUCCACCAGUAAUGGUACCUCCAUUUCGUGUCCCCCUUCCUGGCAUGCCUAUUCCACUUCCAGGUGUAGCAAUGAUGCAAAUAGUCAGCUGCCCGUAUGUAAAGACAGUCGCUACCACCAAGACCGGUGUCUUGCCAGGCAUGGCCCCUCCCAUUGUACCUAUGAUCCAUCCUCAGGUUGCUAUUGCCGCUUCACCUGCUACGUUGGCUGGAGCAACAGCAGUCUCUGAGUGGACAGAGUACAAAACAGCAGAUGGAAAGACUUACUAUUAUAACAAUAGGACUUUGGAGUCAACGUGGGAAAAACCCCAAGAACUGAAAGAAAAAGAAAAAAUGGAAGAGAAGAUUAAAGAGCCAAUUAAAGAACCUACGGAGGAGCCUUUACCAAUGGAGACAGAAGAAGAAGAGCCAAAAGAAGAACCUAUAAAAGAACUUAUAAAGGAGGAGCCAAAAGAGGAAGAAAUGACUGAAGAAGAGAAAGCAGCUCAGAAGGCCAAGCCAGUUGCAACCACUCCUAUUCCAGGAACGCCAUGGUGUGUGGUGUGGACUGGUGAUGAGCGUGUUUUCUUCUAUAACCCUACCACUCGUCUUUCUAUGUGGGACCGACCAGAUGACCUAAUUGGAAGAGCUGAUGUGGACAAAAUUAUUCAAGAACCUCCUCACAAAAAAGGAAUGGAAGAAGGAAAAAAACUUAUUAGAGAAGAACAUGAAUCUACAGAGGAAGCAAAUGAAGAUGAGCCUAUUAAAAUUAAAAAGCGCAAGAAAGAUGAUAACAAAGAUAUUGAUUCAGAGAAGGAGGCUGCUAUGGAAGCUGAAAUUAAAGCCGCGAGAGAAAGAGCCAUUGUCCCUCUGGAGGCUCGGAUGAAACAAUUCAAGGACAUGCUUCUAGAAAGAGGGGUCUCUGCUUUUUCAACAUGGGAGAAAGAGCUGCACAAGAUAGUUUUUGAUCCUCGUUACUUACUUCUCAACCCAAAAGAAAGAAAACAGGUAUUUGAUCAGUAUGUGAAAACCCGAGCAGAAGAAGAGCGCAAGGAGAAGAAAAACAAAAUAAUGCAGGCCAAGGAGGAUUUCAAGAAAAUGAUGGAAGAAGCAAAGAUUAAUCCAAGAACUACUUUUAGUGAAUUUGCAGCCAAGCAUGCUAAAGACUCGAGAUUCAAGGCAAUUGAAAAGAUGAAAGAUCGAGAGGCCUUGUUUAAUGAGUUUAUCACAGCGGCAAGAAAGAAGGAAAAAGAAGAUUCGAAGACCAGAGGUGAGAAGAUCAAAAUGGACUUCUUUGAACUACUGGCUAAUCACCACCUGGACAGUCAGUCUCGCUGGAGCAAAGUGAAGGACAAAGUAGAGACUGACCCCCGUUACAAAGCAGUGGAUAGCUCUUCACAGAGGGAAGACCUUUUCAAACAGUACAUAGAAAAAAUAGCUAAGAACUUAGAUUCUGAAAAAGAAAAGGAACUGGAAAGACAAGCUCGCAUUGAGGCAAGCUUGCGUGAACGAGAAAGGGAAGUCCAGAAAGCGCGUUCUGAGCAAACCAAGGAAAUUGAUAGAGAACGUGAGCAGCACAAACGGGAAGAAGCUAUACAAAACUUCAAAGCGCUUCUGUCUGACAUGGUGCGUUCUUCAGAUGUGUCAUGGUCUGAUACCAGAAGGACUCUACGCAAAGAUCAUCGAUGGGAAUCUGGCUCCUUGCUAGAAAGAGAAGAGAAAGAGAAGCUCUUUAAUGAACACAUUGAAGCACUUACCAAAAAGAAGAGGGAACACUUUAGGCAACUUCUGGAUGAAACUUCAGCGAUAACUUUAACAUCAACAUGGAAAGAAGUGAAAAAAAUCAUUAAAGAAGAUCCAAGGUGCAUUAAAUUUUCUUCGAGUGACAGGAAAAAACAAAGGGAGUUUGAGGAAUACAUUAGAGACAAAUACAUUACUGCCAAAGCUGACUUCCGAACACUAUUGAAAGAGACCAAAUUUAUAACAUACAGAUCCAAAAAGUUGAUCCAGGAGUCAGAUCAGCAUCUGAAAGAUGUAGAGAAGAUAUUACAAAAUGACAAGCGAUAUCUGGUACUUGACUGUGUACCAGAAGAGAGACGCAAACUCAUUGUGUCUUACGUAGAUGACCUGGACCGUCGAGGCCCGCCUCCACCACCCACAGCUUCAGAGCCUACAAGACGAACAACAAAAUAGUUAUGAAAUACUCUUAAGCCAAGGGUGUCUGUUAAAUCAAAAAGCUUGCAUGAGCCAUCUGUCAGGUUUAUACAUAUACAUUACCGUGAAUAUAUUGCAAAACCAUCUGAGGAGCAGAGGAAGAAGCAGCAUUUGUGAACAUAAAAUGGUCUCUGGGGUGGAAAA